GACCACGUCUGGAAAUGAAGGAAGAAGAGGAGGGGGAGGAGCCAGAGGAGGAAACAGAUCUCCCUGAAGCGUCCGACCAGUACGACCCCAUCUGCGAGCCAUAUGAGCCGGACGAGUCCUCAAGCGAGCCGCCCGACAGUCGCGAGGCGGAGGCCACGCCCUCCCACUACAACGACCCCAAAUACAUCGUGUUCGAGAGCUGCCUCAGAGACCUCUUCCUCACCUGCCCCGUGUGCGGGCUGAGCUGCGAGGUGCGGCGGGGCGGAUGGGCACCUUUGUGCACUUCAGCCAGCUGUGCCCCAGCUGUGACUACAGCAGGAAGUGGGAGAGCCAGCCGGUGGCGGGAAGCACGCCGCUAGGAAACCUGCAGAUGUCUGCGGCCAUUUAUUUCACCGGAGGCUCGUUCAGUCAGGUGGAGAAGGUGUGCAGAGCCAUGAACCUCCAGGUGUUCCAGUCCGACACCUUCAGGAGGCACGCCCGCAUGUUCCUCGAGCCCGCCAUCAACCACAAGUGGAAGCGGGACCAGCAGGUGCUGAUGGAGCGCCUGAGGGUGAGGGCAGCGUGGCGGUGGAGGGCGGAUGAGGGCGGACCUGCUGGGACAGUGCGGGAAGCUGGGCAGCUACACCCUGAUGCACCUGAACAGCAGCAGCGUCAUCGACAUCCAGCUCAUUCAGGUAACGCUCGCUCUGUGCCAACAGAAAGUAAGAGCCGAUCACGUGACUGUUUGUGGUUAUCCUCUCAGAGCGCCGGGGUCAGCGGCAGCUCGCACGUGGAGACAGAGGCUCUGCGGCGAGGCCUUGACCUCCUCCAGGUCAACCGCCUGAGCGUGGACCACAUCGUGACCGACCGCCGCACGCGCGUGCAGAAAUACCUGAGGGAGCGAAACGUCUGCCAUUACUAUAACAUCCAGCACUUGGAGAAGGGUUUGUCCAGGAAGCUGAAGAAGCUGGCGAAGAGUAAAGAGUGCCUGCUGGUGCGGCGGUGGCUGCCCAGCAUCAGGAACCACGUCUACUGGAGCGCCACGACCUCCACGUCCGCGCCCGAGAAGGUGGCGAAGUGGAAAUCCCUCGUGAACCACAUCCAGAACGUCCACACUCACGACGACCCGCUGUUCCCGACGUGCGCGCAUCCUAACCGCGUGUCCGUGGAUCCCAGCAAGUGGUUCCAGCCAGACUCGGUGGCUCUGCACAAACUGAAGAAGCUCCUGCUCAACAAGCGAAUUCUCGCCGACGUCGGGAAACUGAGUCACGACCACCAGGCGUCCUCGCUGGAGCGCUUCCACCGGCUCGUGUGCCACUUCGCACCAAAGAAUGUCGCUUUCCCGUUUGUCGGCGUGCUCUGCAGGCUGUACCUGGCCGCCAUGCAUUUCAACGAGGACGCAGAGAGACACAAAGAGAGGAGUUCAGAGGUCACCGCCGAGCCUCAGCAGAGCGAGCCCAAACCCAAAUAUGUGAGCGAGCUGAUGAAGCUCCUGUUUGAAGAAGUUUUUAAGGAGCCUUCGACCUACGUGGAUGAACUCAAACGGAUCCCCGUCCCCGCCGACCUGAGCCCCGUCUGAGGACGCGGAGCAGGAAAGAGGAAACUGCUCUAACGUAUCCACGCCGACUGUUACUGAGGGAACCGCCUUCACCACGGCAUGAGUCCACUGAAGAACAUUUGGAAACAUGUUUGUUUUUUCUCUGAUCCCUCUGUUAUUUAUCUGUAAAUAAAGCACUUCUUAUUUA